AUGGAAAGAAAGAUACCACUACUUCUCCUCUUUGUUGAACCGCCGGCGCGAACACAGUGGUCGGGGUGGCUGGUGGUUUCGGGAUCCCAUAGAAAUGCUUCUUUUAUGCCUCGGGUAUUAGCCACAGCUCGUAUUCAUUCAGUAAUUCUACCCCUUCUUCAUUCUUGGACCUCGUUUCUUAAUAUUGUUACUUUUCCAUGCUGUGUCUCAGGAACCUUUUCAAUACGGUCCGAAUUGCUAGCUCCCGUUCAUAGUUUUGCUACAGAUGAUACACGAGGAAUCUUUUUAUGGCGGUUCUUCCUUCUAAUGACCGGCAUAUCUAUGAUUCUUUUCUCCCAGAUGAAGCAGCAGGCAUCGGUCCGUAGAACCUAUAAAAAGGAGAUGGUUAUGGCGCGAAGUACUUUUAUGCACCUACGUCAUUCGGCUCGCGCGCAGAAGGUGGGGCUCAUAGUCUUCCAGGCCUGCUCUGGGGGCUUCUAG